GCUGGGUUAUUUUUACCCAUUGCUAGUUAAGUUUGCACGGCCGGAGUUCUCACGCCGGCUGGACAGCAGCACAUUGGGACACCUCAACUGGGCAAGAGGGGACUUCCUUAGUGAUUUGUGAGUGCAGGUGUGGCGAGAAGAGGACAUUUCCUUGCUCUUUCCACUAAAUCCCACCUGCCUCAUGCCCCAGCUUGAAGUGGCAGAUGAAGCAGGACCUGACAGGGCCAGGAGAGCCCCAAGUUUGAAGUUGAAAGGCUCCAUGUUGCCAAUGGUACUGCUGCUCCACUUGCUUCUGGGAGUCCAGAUAGCUGAGGCUCAAGACACAGAAGAGCCUGAUUUGUUGUAUCAUGGCUGUUUGGAGGGGAGCUGCUAUCCAGCCACAGGGAAUCUUCUCAUUGGGAGGACCCAGAGCCUGAGUGUUACCUCAACAUGUGGCCUGGAAGGCCCACAGGAGUACUGCAUUGUCAGCCAUCUACAGGACUCUGAGAAAUGCUUCACCUGUGACUCACGCUCACCGUCCCAGCGUGAAAGCCACCGCAUUGAGAACGUCAUCUACCUGAGUGGCCAGGAUGGAGAGCAGACCUGGUGGCAGUCUGAGAAUGGUGUUGAACAGGUCAGCAUCCGUUUGGACCUGGAAGCUGAGUUCCAUUUUACUCACCUGAUAAUGAAGUUUAAGACAUUCCGCCCAGCUGCUAUGUUGAUUGAACGGUCAUCAGAUUUUGGACGCAGCUGGAAGGUUUAUCGCUAUUUUGCCUUCAACUGCUCCAAGCUUUUCCCUGGCAUCUCUACUCAGAUCCCAACACAUGUCAACCAGGCAGUCUGUGACCAGCGGUACUCAGAGAUUGAGCCCUCCAGUCAUGGUGAGGUGAUUUUCAAAGUGCUGGACCCAGCUAUAAAAGUAGAGGACCCCUACAGCCAGGAAAUCCAAGAUUUGUUACGUGUUACUAAUUUGCGGGUGAACUUCACAAAGCUGCACACUCUGGGUGACAACCUCCUGGACUCGCGACAUCAGGUGCUUCAGAAAUACUACUAUGCUGUGUAUGAGAUGGUGCUGCGUGGAAGCUGCUUCUGCUAUGGACAUGCCUCUGAGUGUGCUCCUCUGGCUGGAGAUUCAAGCAGAGUUGAGGGCAUGAUUCAUGGGCAAUGUAUCUGCAAGCACCACACCAAGGGCCUCAACUGCGAGCUCUGCAAGGACUUUUACCAGGAGUUGCCAUGGAGACCGGCUGAGGCCCACAAUUCGCACACGUGCAAAGAGUGCAACUGCAAUGAACACUCACAUCGGUGCCAUUUUGACAUGGCCGUGUACCUGGCCACAGGCAAUACCAGUGGUGGGGUCUGUGAUGAGUGUCAGCACAACACUAUGGGGCGCCACUGCCAACUCUGCAAGCCCUUCUACUACCGCAACCCACUGGCUGACAUUCGUGCAAGUACUGCAUGCAUCCCCUGUGACUGUGACCCGGUGGGUUCUUUGGAUGGUGGAGUGUGUGACAGUCAUACAGACAUGACACUGAGCAUGAUCGCGGGGCAAUGCCGCUGCAAAGAGAACGUCAAAGGCGUGCGCUGUGACAGCUGUAAAGAAGCUUUCUAUGGACUGAGCCGGAACGACCCUCUGGGGUGCCAACCCUGCAGGUGUGACCCUCGUGGGAUCAUUGCAGGUAAUAGCCCCUGUGACCACAUCAGUGGUGAUUGCUAUUGUAAGCGUUUCGUCACAGGGCGAUACUGCAACCAGUGUCUGCCUGAAUAUUGGGGUCUGAGCUACGACAUGACUGGCUGCAGGAGCUGUGCUUGUGAUUUUGGAGGUGCCUACAGCAAUAGAUGCUCUAUGGAUGAUGGACAGUGCCCCUGUCGGCCUCACCUCAUGGCGCGUCAGUGUGAUGAUGUGCAACCUGGGUAUUUCUGCAUGCCCUUGGACUACUAUAUGUAUGAAGCUGAGGAUGCCACAGGUCUUUCACCAACUCAUCAGGGUUUACCGGGUGCUUUGCGGCCUGAGGCCCCAGUAGAUUGUGUGGAGUAUUAUAAUGGAGUCCACAACGGGCGGAAAGUGAGGCUGCGACGCCAGCAUAGCACAGUAAGACUCUUACAGCAGCGAGGAGCACUUCGGCGAGCCCGGCAGCUUCAGCAAAAGCCCGAUGUGGAAGUCAUGCAGCGUGAGCAUACAGGUCACAUGAUUACGUGGACCGGACCGGGCUUUGCUCGUGUACGGGAUGGGGCUGGUUUAUCGUUCCGUAUUGGCAAUAUUCCCUACCCCAUGGACUAUGACAUCCUGUUACGCUAUGAACCUGAGUCCACAGAGGAUUGGGAAGCUGUCAUUAGUGUCAGCUCACAGGCUUUACCUAUGAGCCCACGUUGUGGCAAUGUGCUGCCCUCUGAGCAGAUGUAUCGAGAGAGUCUGCCACACAGUUCCAGGUAUGUGCUCCUACCACGGCCUUUCUGCUUUGAGCCUAGGAACCAUUAUGAGAUCACUGUGCGGUUCCAGCGGGCAGGUGUGGCACAACGCCAUCCCGCAGCCUUCCUCCUUGUUGACUCGCUGGUUCUUUUGCCACGUGUGACAGAGCUGCCUGGUCUCCAUGGCAAAGAUCCAGCAGCAGUGGAGCGUCGUGAGGCCCUGGAGCGAUACACCUGCCUGGAGGCAUUUCGCAUGGCCACCAUGCCUGACCUGGCUGAGACUUGCGCCCAUCUCCUGUGCAGCAUCUCUGCUCUGAUGCAUGAUGGGGCUCUGCACUGCCAGUGUGACCCGCAGGGCUCUACCAGCAGUGUCUGCCAGAAACUAGGAGGGCAAUGUCAAUGUAAACCCAAUGUGAUUGGUCGACGCUGUGACCAGUGUGUCCCAGGCACCUAUGGAUUUGGACCAUAUGGCUGCAUUCCUUGUGCCUGUUCCCCUGAGGGUUCUGCCUCCAAAAUCUGUGAACCAAUAAGUGGACAGUGCCGGUGCCAGCAUGGAGCUGUGGGACGCCAAUGUGAUCAGUGCCCACCAGGCCAAUGGGGCUUCCCAAGUUGCCGGCCUUGUCACUGCAAUGGGCACUCUGAGGAAUGCGACCUAUAUACAGGAGCCUGCCACAACUGCCGUGAUUACACAGCUGGCCGCCAUUGUGAGAGGUGCUUGGAUGGUUACUACGGAGAUCCAGUCUUGGGCUCAGGACAACAAUGUCGGCCAUGCCCUUGUCCUGGAUAUCCAGGAUCUCGGCACUAUCAUGGCAUCUCCUGUAGUGCAGAUAGGGAGACCAACCAGAUUGUUUGUCUCUGUGCUCCAGGCUAUACAGGGCUACGUUGUGACCGUUGCUCACCGGGCUAUUUUGGAGCUCCCGAGCAGGAAGGUGGAGCCUGUCGCCCUUGUCAGUGCAAUAACAACAUUGAUACCAGUGAUCCUGAGGCCUGCGAUCCACACACUGGACAAUGUCUGCGCUGCCUUUACCACACCAGUGGACCCCACUGUGCUGAAUGCCAGCCUGGAUAUUAUGGCAGUGCCUUCCAGCGCAGCUGCCGACGCUGUACAUGUAAUGAGGAGGGCACUCUGCCUACGCAUUGCUCCAAAGGCAUCUGCCACUGUGAUCGGACUACGGGCAACUGCCCCUGCCGUGCCAAUGUGGUGGACAAGAACUGCGACAGGUGUGCCCAAAACUUCUGGGGCUUUGGCAGCGACUUGGGGUGUCAGCCGUGCGACUGUGAUCCUGCUCAUUCAUUACGUUCAGACUGCAACAUGUUCACAGGGCAGUGCCACUGUCAGCCAGGCUUUGGGGGACGUGUUUGCUCCCACUGCCAAGAAGAUCACUGGGGUGAUCCCGAACAGGAAUGUCUGCCCUGUGAAUGUGAUCUAGCUGGAUCUGAGAGCCCUCAGUGUGACCGUCUCACUGGACACUGUCUGUGCCGAGAGGGAUUUAUGGGGCGGCGAUGUGACCAGUGCCAGCGUGGCUUCCAACAGAACUUUCCUCGCUGUUCUCCCUGCCAUCCUUGCUUUGGCCAAUGGGAUGAGGUGCUGGGGCAACUCUGGGAACAGUUGCGACGGCUACAGAAUGCAGUACAGGCCCUGAAAGAAGGUGGCCCCAUACCUGAAGCCAGCCACCGUCGUAUGCUCAGCCUGGAGAAUAACCUGGGUCAUGUAGAGCAGCUUCUUGGGGAUGGGAGUAGUCCAAGCAUACCACUUCUGCAUGAACUCAGCACCCUUCUGGCUGACAUCAGGGCAGACAUGGAUGAGCUCUGGCAACAGUUGCAGACCACAGAUACACACCUGGAUGGCACUGAGCGGGCAGCCACAGGACAGAGAAGCCAUCUGAAUAAAUUGAGCCAUGAGCUAAGGGAACUUAACCGCACUGUCAGCUACCUCAGCAGCCAGUGGAGAGGGAUGACAAAUGCCAGCUUCAAUGAGUCUUUCCGUAGCAUCCUGGAGUCUUCCCAACAGUCAGAACUGGCCCAGCAGCAAGCAAAGGCCUCCGUUCAAGGGCCACAGAGUCCGGUGGGUCAAGCCAAACAGACACGUCAGGCUACUGUUGAGCUCCUGCGGCGUCGAGGAGAUGCUUUCCGGAAGGGUGCGGCUGCUCACCAAAAAUCGCUGCUUGACAUCCAGGGGAAGGUCAACAGCCUUGACUUGAGUGGGAUCAAUGAGAAAAUCUGCGGUGCUUCCAGAGAGGAGGAGUGUGAACCCUGCGGAGGGGCUUCAUGUCGAGACAGCUCGGGUCAGCGGCAUUGUGGCGGCCUUGGCUGUACUGGAGCACUGCCUGUCUCCAUGAAGGCACUGUACACAGCCCAGAACAUCUCUCAUCGACUGGAGAUCACAGCAAAGGAGCUGGGCACCAUAUCUAGCAAGGUACAAGAAAUCCAGAACCUGGCACAGGAUGCCAGGAGCCAUGCCCAAGACACACUGGGGCAAGCUCAGGGAGCUCAGAGCCGUGUGGAGAAGUCAACAGCUAAGUUGAGGGAAUUCAUCCAGAAAAUAAAGGACUUCCUAGCAGAGGAAGGGGCUGACCCUGAAAGCAUUGAGCUUGUGGCCCAGCAAGUGCUGAACAUCUCCUUGCCCAGCAGCCCCAGUCAGAUCAGCAUCCUGAUUAAAGAAAUACAUGACAGAAUUGGCCAGCUGGAUGGUGUGGACAUCAUCCUGAACAAUACAAUGCACAACCUGACCCGUGCAAGGGAGCUCUUGGCCAAAGCAGAAGAGGCCAAAGAGCGAGCAGAGGGUGUACAGGCAACCAUCUCAGAAACUCGUGCAGCACUAAGCGAUGCGAAGGACCAAGUGAGUGCAGCAGAAAGAGCAAUGAAGAGUGCGAAGGAGGCCAUUCGAAACGUGGAGGGCAGAAUCAGACAGGCCGAGCGCCAGCUCCAAACACUGGUCAGCAAGGAGUCAGAGGUGGAAAGUCGUCUUGGAAAUUUGGCACAAGAUGUGGCUACCUUACAAAAGAAGUCCCAGGCUAAUCAGCAGCUGGCUCUGGAGGCCAAGGGCAAAGCUGAGCGUGCUACUACUGCUGCAGGAAGGCUGGAGAAUGAUGUGGAGAAAGUGAUGCAGAGGUACCAGAAGUUGCAAGAUGAAUUGGGGAAACAGCCCCAGGAUGUACUGCUCAAGCUGCAAACCCUGAGGGAUGAAGCCCAGAAUCUCCUACUCAAGGCCAAUGGCAGCAAGAGAAAGUUGGAAGAGUUGGAAGAGCGCUUUCAGACCAACGAGAAAGAAAUGAAGGACAAAGCAAACACACUGCAGAUACUGGAGAAACAAGUGACAGACUUACUGCAGUUUAUCCGCGAGAAAGCCGCUGCUUAUGCUAUCUGCUAGGGGCAAGGGUUCUGUCACCAGCCUCUUGGGCCUGAUUCCUGCCAGCUCUGGACUCUACCAUGGUAGGGCCCUUCCAUGUGUUUCAUUGACUGCCUCCUGUCAUGGGGGCCUUUGGCUGUAGAUCCAGGGCCUUAAUGUAAACCAGAUUUCAUUUUCAUUUGAUCGUAUCAUGCCACUCUGAACUCACCCAAUCUUGUCUGCUUUCAGAAACUAAUCAAGUUUGGGCUUGGCUGGUACUUGAAUGGGAGAGCAACAAGAAAUACCAGGGAUUCCUUGGUUGGCUAGGCAAAGAAUCCUACCAGAAACCCUGAAAAGCCAUUCCUGCCAGCCAGAGUUGAUAAUACUGGGCUAGUUUGACCAAUGAUCUGAUUCAGUAUAAGGCAGCUUCCUAUGUUAGGCACACCUGGCAUCAGGUCUAUCAGAGUGAAUCUAAUGUUAAAAUCUCAGAGACACACUAUUCUGUUGUGUCUAGUCCAUGUUUUGUUCCAUGACACUGGAGAAAUUAGAUAUGUCUAUCUCUGCAAGUAUGUGCUAGAACAGGAGAUGAAUAUGUCCAUCCAAACUCGGUUCUCAGAAUAGUUCCUAUCUGCACAUUCUUGGCUUCCCCAGGCACUUUUGCUGUGACCAUGGAAAUACCACACUUCCUGAGCUUACCCAGGCUGCAAAAAGACUGUGUGGGUACCAUGGAAACAAAAUUCUGCCUGUUGUUGUUCAUGUCCAGUGCCAGCUUGUGCUUUCAGUUGCAUCUUGUACUUCUAUGCCUUUAAUAACCCCAGGAAAGGAAGUGUUGAGUCCCAGAUUCUUCUUUUUUGGACAGAGGCUCCAUAGCUGCCCUUACUGUUAGUAAAGUGACGAAGACACACCACUUUCCCUUCCACCUUCCCUUCAGCUUUCCCUCCUGCCUCCAACAAUCACUGAAAUACUAAUCUAAACAAAAGCCAUGAUACCAUGACAUUUAGCUUUUCCCCUAAAACCUCCACUGAGAAGAAGUUUCUCCUAUUUCUUUGUAGAUUUGGAGGUUCUGUUUAUCACAUUUCCUGUCUCAUAUCGAUUGCCUAAAUAUACUGAGGCAGAAUAGUGACCAUGAUCCGGGCAAAUAGUUCUUUGUCAGUGUGAUGACACCAAUGGAUGGAAAAUAUAUCUGUCUGUAGCUACUAACCAUGGUAGCUUAGAAAGAAAUAAUGUAUGGGGCAUUAUAUUUUUCACAUUAUAAAAUAAUGGGGUCAAAUAAGGAAAAGAACAAAGGCUAUGCUUUGCUUUGGAAUUUCCCAGUUUUAUCAUUUCUGGCUAUUGCUAGAAACACAGAACUAGGCUAUUUUACAGCAAUGAAAAUACAUGAAACUAAUACAAAUAAAUUCUCCAGUAACUCUGCCUCCAGAACUUUGAGAUAACAUCAACAUCUAUUGAGGCAAUUCCUCAAGCUGCCUAGCCUGAGAGAAAGUCUAGUACAUUUAAUAAAUCUGUGGUUAAAAAUACAUCUAGCUUACGUGACUUUUCUUUAUAGUGAAGUGAGAAUCAACAUUAGAUGUCUCCCUGCUAUUACCAUAAUCACUUAAUCAAGAGAAGAUGCCAAAUGUUGUCUCUGAAUAAAGGGGUAGCGGAGGGAGAAAGAAACCUCACAUAUUUAUUUCCAAGUGUCUAGCAUAAAGAGGGAAACCAUAUGUCUUACAUGUGUUCUUAUGACAGUUUUAGAACUCAGAAGAAAGGGGUAUAAUAUCUUCAGAUCUCCAGCCUUAGGCAGAAACCCAGUUCUUCCCUUGUUUUGCUAACAAUUCUUCUGCUAAACCCCUUUCCCACCAGAACAGUUAUUACAUGCAUACACACCCAGACACACACACACAAUUUACAAGACAAUAAUAAAUUGGGACUGGUACACAUUUAGAUGUUCACCUGUGCAGAUUUCUGUAUCCUGAAAGGAUUACACUAAGUUUUAUUAGGACUCCAGGAGUGUGCUUUGCAUUGUAAUGCAAAUGGAGCAAGAAUCAGGAAUACCUAUACCACAUGGACAUGAUCAGUAAGCCAUUGCCUCAUUCUACUUCUACUAGAACUGUCCUCUUGUAUUAUUAUUAAUUGUUUAUGUAUAAAUUGAAUACAAAUUUGUUUUUCACAGUGUCUUGCUAUUUUUCAAACAUUCACCACCUAUUGUCGUUUCCAGAGAAUUACAAGCAGCAUACUCCUGCAGUGCUCUAUGGGGGCAGAGAGUUCCCCCUUUGCAUGCUGUAUAGGCAAACAUGGCAUAUAUGGAAUGACCUUAAAAGUAACUUGUCUAAUGUGACACAAUGGGAGCAUGACAGAAUUUGGAAAGGUUUUUUUUGGGGGGGGGGGAGGGGGAGGGGGACUGCAAUUCCCCUGACUUGGCUGAGGGAUUCUGGAAGCUAUAGUGUAAAAAAAAGUAACCUUUCUGUGCUCUGCUGCAUGGAAAAUGUGGGAUGUGUGUGACUGCCUGCCAAGUCUGUCUUUGAAGGACUAUGCUCAGGAUCACCCCAGAUACAGAAAGCAGUUUUUAUACUCUAUGGCUCUGUGGUGCUUGGGAAUGAAGGACCCUUUUAAAACGAGUCAGCCUUUCAAAAAAGGAAGGCUUUGGCCACUGUAGGACAUGGGAUCCUCAGUGAGAAAAAGCCUUUUGAACUGGGUGGGGAUGUUUGGCUUCCUGCCCUUCCUGGUUAUAUAGCAUCACAAUAACAACCGGCGUUUGAACAGUUUGAUCGGGUGCGCACUCUCUCUUUCGCUCUCUUGUGUGGCCACAGUGUUCUUCUACCAGUGAAAUGAUGGUUUGAGUUCUCAAAGCAAAGAGUGAAAAUUGGGGAAGGGGGAGCAUGAGAGAGCAACUCAGGUUGUUGCAUGGGGGAAUUCAGAGCAGUGUGUGUUUUUGACGGUCUGCAUGGAAGAGAGCAAGCUAGGAGUUGGAAAGAGACAUUCCAGUCCAGCUCCAGGGCCAGCCCACACUGUGCACAAGAAAAGCUGGAGCACGAUUGCUCUCCAGCCGGAAUGGGAGCCUUUGUCCAUCCAAUGCACACAGAGAAAUACGAUGCUAACCAAUCAAAAUGUCAACAAAAGGCCAUCAUCCAGCCAUCUGAUGUUACACUUAUUUUUCAAACAGGUUUGAAAACAGAUGUUGUUCUAACAUCAAGCACUUGUAUAAAGCUGGUGUGGGGAUGAUCCCUGAGUAAUAGCCAAUUAAGAUCAAAUAGUGGGUUCCAAUGCAAAACACAUUGCCUUUUUAAGAUGACAAGAACUAUUCACACAGUUUUGAAGGAAGCUUACAGUGCUCUAUCUAUAGCAACUGGAACUGUCUCCCCUUCCCCAUAUAAAUACACACAAUGCCUUUGUAUCUUGAUACGGUCAGAUAUUUCAGAGGAAGGACCUGGCAAAACCAACUCUGAGUAUUCCUUGCCUAAGAAAACAUUCUGAAAUGUUUGCUUCAACAACACGAUUGCUGUGAGAUAACAGGAUGGUGUGAUAAACAGUUUAUUAUUUAUUAUUAUUAUUUAAGAAUCUAGCCAUUCCUCCCAUCUUCCUGAACAAACACCAUUCUCAAAACUAGCCUUCGUUCACAAACACAAAAUCUAAAUUAAAAACUAUUUGAUGUUUAAUAAGGACUGUACAAACAUGCUAUGUAAAAUCAGUUUGUAAAACCAACACCUCAAAUUUGGAGAUGAUAGGUGGGGAAUAUUUAACCUGCAAUGUUAAAUAUGAUCAGAUUACAAUAUUACAUUUAAUGUAUGGUGCCAGCGCAUUUAUUGAUUGUUGAUGUUUUUGAAUUGCUUUGUUAAUUAAUAUGCUUAGAGAAGCCAAGAAGCAUGGAAGAGGCAUGGAGUCCAGUAGGUGGAAUUUGGUGGAUGGGUUUUAUGACCAUUCUUCUGUUCUAGAAUAAGAUAUAAGAAAAAUGUAUGUCAUACAAUAUGGUGUCUCAAAUUCAUUUUUGCCAAACCCAGAAUUAAAGGUUUUA